AUGCCGUCCGCAGGUGUCUGCAUGCGGACCCUCCGCGCAUACUCAAGAUAUGGCUCAAAUCAUGCCCUCCUCUUUGCCCGUGCCUUCUCGGCAACGACCCGGCGCGCCGAGAUCAACAAGGUCUACCCCUCCGCCUCCGAAGCCCUUAAGGACAUGAAGCCCAACAGCACUCUUCUGUGCGGCGGUUUUGGCCUGUGCGGCGUCCCCGACACGCUCAUCAACGAGGUUCUCGAGAAGCCCGACAUCAAGGGCCUGACGGCGGUGUCCAACAAUGCGGGCACGGACUCGUCGGGUCUGGGCCAGCUGCUCAAGACGAAGCAGGUCAGCAAGAUGAUCGCCUCGUACAUUGGCGAGAACAAGACGUUUGAGAGGAUGUACCUGACGGGCGAGGUCGAGCUGGAGCUCACACCGCAGGGCACGCUGGCGGAGCGGUGCGCGGCGGGCGGAAAAGGCGUGCCGGCCUUUUACACGCCGGCAGCGUUCGGCACGGUGGUGCAGACGGGCGACCUGCCUCUCAAGAACAACCCCGACGGCACCCCGGCCGAGUUCUCCUACCCCAAGGACGUCAAGGUCUUCAACGGCAAGAGCUACCUCCUCGAGCACGCCAUCGCCGGCGACUACGCCUUCGUGAAGGCUUACAAGGCCGACAAGCUCGGCAACUGCCAGUUCCGCCUCGCCGCCAACAACUUCAACGGCGCCAUGGGCCGCAACGCCAAGAUGACCAUCGUCGAGGCAGAGCACAUUGUCGAGCCGGGUGAGAUCCCCCCCGAGGCGGUCCACCUUCCUGGCAUCUACGUCAAGCGCGUCAUCCAGAGCACCACGUCCAAGAACAUUGAGAAGUACACCUUCACCAAGGACGAGGGAGAGGCCGACGACGCGGCCAAGGCCCUGGGCACAGGCGACACGGCCGCCAAGAGGGAGCGCAUCGUGCGGCGCGCGGCCAAGGAGUUCAAGAACGGCAUGUACGCCAAUCUGGGCAUCGGCAUGCCGAUGCUGGCGCCGGGCUUCGUGGGGCCCGAGGUCGAGGUGCAGCUGCAGAGCGAGAACGGCAUCCUGGGCCUGGGACCCUACCCGCGCCGCGGCCACGAGGACGCCGACCUGAUCAACGCCGGCAAGGAGACUGUCACCCUUAAGCCGGGUGCCGCCGUCUUCGGCAGCGAGGAGAGCUUUGGCAUGAUCCGUAGCGGCCGCAUCAACCUGACCAUCCUCGGCGCCAUGCAGGUCAGUGGCACCGGCGACCUGGCCAACUGGAUGCUGCCCGGCAAGGUCAAGGGCUUCGGCGGCGCCAUGGAUCUGGUCAGCAACCCGAGCGCUACCAAGGUCGUCGUCACUAUGGAGCACACGGAUAAGAAGGGAAAUGCCAAGAUCGUCAAGCAGUGUGCGUUCCCUCUGACGGGACGUGCGUGCGUGUCGAGGAUUAUCACGGAGCUGGGUGUUUUUGAUGUCGACUUCUCACAUGGGCUGACGCUCAUUGAGAUUGCUGAUGGCGUGACGGUAGAGGAGAUCAAGGCCAAGACAGAGGCACCGUUCACAGUGGCCGAGGACCUGAAGCCGAUGUUGUGA